AUGGUGCACGGCGGGCUACUCCGGCACAGUUUGCAGCUGAUUGAGCAGCCAAGCAGCCACGAUCCCACAUCCUUUCUGCUGGUCCCCAGCAGCAUCCGAGAGGCAGGAGAGAAUCUGGCGAGCUGGCUUGGCAGUCAUUUUCCUGGCCACGGGGUGGCCCCGGCUGAGUUCGAUCCAAACACGUCGCAGCCGGUGCUUGCGGCGAAGAAGCUGAAGGACGAGGUCCAGAGAGUAGUCGACUACUAUGCCAAGGAUUGCCCCCACAGCCAGAACCUGGAUCCUGUGUGGAAAGGCGCCCAAAAGGACUGGGAGGCAGCGGGCCACUCUGUGAAGCUCAAGUGGCAGCAGAAGGAGUGUUAUGGGGCCGAUUGGAAGAAGGGGAAGGACUAUGAAGAUUGCCAGAAAGAGGGCAUCGAGUCCUUCCCGACCAUCAAAUAUUACUACGGGAAGAAG